AUUCUUAGUUGUACUUUCUUCUAACUGAAGCCUUUCUUGCUCUGACAAUAGUCUCUCUCUCUCUCUCUCUCUCUCUCUCUCUCUCUCUCUCUCCUUUGAAACGGAUUAUGUACGUCUGAAGUCAGUAGCAGAACAAUAAAAUGGCACUAAUGUCAUCUGCGAGUAACAGGGUUACCAAUAACUACAUCCUAUUCCCCAACAACAGAACCCUUAUUCACAGUCAUAAAUUCCAGCUUCAUUGUCACAAAAGCUAUCUUGUUAACAGCCUCAACACUAGUUUAAGCUCUAAAUAUAAUCGAACAACCACCAUCUCCGCCGUAAGUUCCUCCUCAGCACCACCAGACGUUGUUGAAAUUGAUGGGAGCAGCAGCUUGAUUGCUUCUUCCACCAUAUCCUCCAAAUGGGUAGAAUUUGCGAACAAAGUGUCAGGGGAAUGGGAUGGGUACGGGGCAGAUUUUUCAAGCGAAGGAGAACCGAUCGAGCUUCCAGAACAAGUAGUCCCCGAAGCUUUCCGGGAGUGGGAGGUCAAGGUGUUUGAUUGGCAAACUCAAUGCCCAACUCUUGCUCAGCCACAAGAUUUCACUAUUUUCUAUAAACUGAUAAAGCUACUCCCCACUGUUGGAUGUGAAGCUGAUGCUGCAACUCAGUACAGCAUCGAAGAGAGGAAUAUAGGAGGUGCAGAUAACUUUGCCUCUGCAUUUGCGUAUCAGUCUAGCGGAUGCUAUGCAGCCGUUUGGUCAAUGAAGGACCAUCCCACAUACAGAAUACUUGAGUUGGAACAUUGCUUGGUUGAUCCGCGAAGUCGGGAGUCACGGGUGAGGAUAAUUCAGGUUGUCCAUGUUGAGAAGAGUAAGUUCAUGUUGAAGAAUAUCAAGGUCUUCUGCGAGCAGUGGUAUGGGCCUUUCAGAAACGGGGAGCAGCUAGGUGGAUGUGCUAUUCGUGACACUGCAUUUGCUUCCACAGAUGCCUUGACAAGUUCGGAAGUUACCGGUGUUUGGGAAGGCCUUCAUGCUGUUGCCUGCUUCCAGAAUUCUCAAACUAACACUGUUCAAGAGCUACUAGAUGACAACGUGCGGAAGUCAGUGAGGGAUGAAAACAAUCUGGUAUUGCUUCCAAAACAAUUGUGGAGUUCAGUUAAAGACAGAGAAGAUGAAACUUUCUGUGAGGUGGGAUGGCUAUUUGAUCAGGGGCAUGCUAUUACGUCAAAAUGCAUCUUUUCACCUGAUGCAGGGCUGAAGGAAAUCGUAAUCGCACAUGAAACUUCAGCCGGGAUACAAUAGCAUCUGAAUCAGCAGCUUUGGAAUCAAUUACCAAUCCAGCAGCAUAAAGCAUUUGCUCCAUAUCAAGGAAAUACAAGUAUCGCUCUUUCCGAUAGAAAAAAAAAAGUGAAAUGUAGUAGAAUGGUUCGAGUGGAAGGGGGUAGCGUAAUACUUCUGCUUCUGCUGAUGUAAAAGCGAAACAUGUAGUAGAACGGUUCGAGUUGAGGAGGUAGCAUGAAAACACCGAAUUGCAAGUAUUAUCCUACGGCUGUCCUAAAUUUCUUAUCUACCCUCCUCGCAUUCAUCAUUGUUUGCAAGUCCUGCCCUCGAUGUGUACGGGAGUUUGCUUUCUUCGCUAUUAUAAUCUGAAAGUGCCUUGUUCUUAG